AGGACUGUCUCCGCGUCAGACCCCAGGUUUUGCAGUUCUUGCUGUCAGUAUACUGUUGGUGACUCAGCCGUAACCAAUCCUGUAUUUACGGCCAACAUGCGAUCCCUUCGGGCAACUUCGUUGCUCUCCCUCCUCCUGGCGGCCAUCGCGCCGGCGUAUGCCGACACCUGCUCCGAUGUCGAAGCCAACACAGACAUCGAGGUUUCCAGGCGUCUCCAGCUUGCAUACACGGCCGAGCAAUCCGAGUAUUGGUCGGCCUCCUGCACAGCUCUCAAGCCGUCGUGCAUCAUCUUCCCCAGAUCUGCCGCCGAGGUCGCGGCCGUCUUCCGGGUCCUCAACACCAACAAUGAGACGUUCGCCGUAAAGUCCGGAGGGCACAGCCCAAACAACUACUACGCUAGCGUCGACGGCGGCCCGCUCAUCUCGACGCAAAACCUAGACCACGUCCUCCUAGACCCCGCCACCGGCGUCAUGGAUGUUGGCCCGGGUAACCGGCUCGACGGGAUAGCCAAGAAGCUGCAAGGCACCGGCUGGACAUUCGUCGGCGGCCGCAUCGGCAACACGGGCGUCGGCGGUCUCAUCCUCGGCGGCGGCCUCUCCUACAUGUCGGCGCAGUAUGGCUGGUCAGCGUCCUCGGCCAUCUCCUACGAAGUAGUCCUCGCCAACGGCACCAUCGUCACCGCCUCGGAGACUUCCAACCCAGACCUCUUCACCGCGCUCAAAGGCGGCGGCAACAGCUUCGGCGUCGUCACCAACUACAAGCUCCAAGGCCACCCGCAAGGCGACGUCUACGGCGGCAACCUGGUCUUCCUGCGCACGCCCGACCUCGACGCCAAGCUCCUCCAAGCGGUCCGCGACUUCACCGAGUACAACACCGACGACAAAGCCGCGGUAAUCGUCACCGCCGAGCGCACCAACCUCAACCUGCUCGACUCCUGGAUCCUCUUCCUCUUCUACGACGGCCCCGAAUCCGCCGUCCCCCCGGACACCUUCCGCAACUUCACGUCGCUCAAACCCCUCACCAACACGCUCAAGACGCAAACCUACGCCGACCUGAUGGCCGGCAGCAACUGGGUCGUACUGAAAGGCUUCCAAGUCCAGAUCGGCACGGAGACAGUCCCCCUACCGAGCGCGGCCGACGGCACCGAGGUGCUGCUGGACGGCAUCCACGCGCACUGGCGCGCCGUGACCAAGUCGGUGCUGCUGGUGCCCGGGAUUGUGGCCUCGAUUGCGUACCAGCCGUUCCCGAGGCGCAUUGCCCAGGCGGCGCGCGCGCGCGGGCAGGAUCUGAUUGAUGCGGAUGAGGAUGCGGAUCGGCUGAUUAUUGAGCUGAAUUAUGCGUUUUUGCUGCCGAGUGAUUAUGGGAAGAUGGAUGGCAAGAUGGUGGAGACGUAUGGGGGGAUUAGGGAGAGGGUGACGGCCUGGCAGGCGGAGGGGAAGUUGCCGGAUGUGUACUUGCCGGUGUUUAUGAACUAUGGGUUUUAUCGGCAGGAUUAUUGGGGGAGGCUGAAGCAGGCGAGUCGGGAUCUGGCGAGGGAGGUGGCUGAGAGGUUUGAUCCGGCUGGGUUGUUUAGGGAUCGGACGGGUGGGUGGAAGCCGUAGUGGACUUCCAAAAGAAGUAGUAGAGCGUUGUAAGUAACUCUAGGGGUUCAUAAUGAAAGAAGAGUAGGUAGUAUGAUAGGUAAGGUAGUCAAGGC